AUGUCAUUUGAGCAAGAUCGUCGCAGUAUCUACGAGCGACGCCGUAACAUUCUGUACCUGGUCGCCAACUAUCUUACCACCAUGGGGUUACACCAAACCCGCCAGGCUCUCGUCGACGAAACGCAGCUAACGUCCGAGUUUGAGGUGUGCGAUAACAUCGAUUUGGAUACCAUCUAUCAGGACUUUUGUAGCUACUUCCUGCUGAAAUUUGGCAAACAGCCGCGGAUCGUCAAGCGCACCGAUACGAUGGGUUUAUUACCGCCUGGGGCUGGAUCCGUUCAGCGAAAAUACUCCGGUGCUCGCCGUAAACCACUGCCAAAUGGUGGGAAGUCCGAGGGAAAGGAAUCGCUCCUAGCCCUGGGAGCAGGUGAAGAGAUUCCUUCACUUCGGAUCACAGCCGGUAUGGUAUCCGAUCAGGUUGGACCGGUAUCCGAAGGACCUCUAGUGCCGGCGGCCAACCCGAAGCUACUGAUACGGCUGCAAGAUCACUUCACCAGCGAGUGGAAGGAUCUGGCCGAAGAAGUGUGCCGCGAUCUUAUCCGUAAGGAUCUGCGCCAACGCUGGCACCAGGUCAAGGGUCUCGAAGGGCCGAUCCAGGUGCUGAAAGAGAGUGUCAUCGCCCCGCUGGAGCAUCCGGAAUUGUUCGUAGGCCUAGCGCAACCAUGGCGCUGUGUGCUGCUGCACGGUGCCCCCGGUACCGGUAAAACCCUUCUCGCCCGUACGCUCUGCUCUGAGACGCGCGAAUCGGUUACUUUCUUUAGCACCAGCGCUAGUACGUUGAUAUCGAAGUGGCGCGGCGAAUCGGAGAAGCUUAUCCGGGUGCUGUACGAGGUGGCCAAGUUUUACGCACCGUCCAUCAUUUUCAUCGAUGAGUUCGACAGUUUGGCAUCGCGCCGUGACACGAUCCGUGAGCACGAGGCAUCGAAACGAUUCAAGAAUGAGUUUCUCGCACUUAUCGAUGGGCUCGAAGGAGGCGAAAAUGUCCCCUCAACCGGAUCGGGGAAUGGUGGUGAAAAGGAUCGUGUCUUUCUCCUGGCCAGUACUAACUUGCCAUGGGAAAUUGAUCCGGCGUUUCUGCGACGUUUUGAGCGCAAGAUACUCGUCGAUCUACCAACGGCCGAUGGGCGCAAGGAGUUGAUCGAACAUCUACUUCCGGCCGUUCGAUCCUGGACUGAGCAGGAGAUGCAGCAGAUCGUAUCGCUCUCGGAAAACUGGACCGGUGAUGAGGUACGAUUAGCCUGCAAGGAAGCCUCGAUGAUGCUGCUGAGGGAGAAGAUGGGCGAGACAAGCAAAUGCGCCAAAAUCGAUCCGGAUGCUCUGCAGUUCCCGAUGCUACGGAGAGCAUUCGAACAGUUGCGACCGGGGUGUGCGGAGUUGGCCCAAAAACACCGUGACUGGAGUCAGCGCUACGGUACACAGCUUUUCGACUGAAGAGGAAUGAUUCUCUCCAAGCAUGAAUAUAUGGCCGGUCUCCUUGGAAACAGAUCGCAGUAGGUUGUUUGGCACGGAUUCUUGCUUCAUGGCCUUAUGGUUCUCCUAAAAUCCGGAAGUAAAAUAUCCCGUCAUUAGUUCAUCUGU